GCCGACGAUAGCUUUAUCCGAUCUCCUUGUCACAAGAUUUCUUCUUCCGGUUUCCGGUUUAUUUCCCAGUGCUUGCAACUUGAAAGAUGAUGCCGGGGUGAAUACAGUAUAAUCACCCAGCGUUUGACUUUGACAAUGUUUCAAGAUGUGACUGAUGAUGAUGAUGAUGCAGAAUUGAAAAGGACAGUGUUGUUAGGUUACACUGAUGUAGAUGCUUCAAGCAGCCGUGCUCUACUUGGCAUUGACAUGAGACUGGAGUACCACAGUUUCAAGGUCCCCAGCCUACAAGAUCACCAAUUCCUCCCAGCAUGCAUCAGGAGCAUCAGAGCCAAGCCAAGAGAGCAGGAAUUUCAGGCGUUUCAGAUUCUGAACUGUAAAUAUGAAGAGUUCUCUGCGGUCAUUGUGAACACCAGCGUCCCUGGUACACACUGCCACCUGGUGGCCAAUACAAUACUGGAUCUCUGCGCUAAGAGUCCCUUCACAGAGAAGAUAAUAUUUUUGGCAUCCCUCAAGUUGGACCUCCCAUCCAGUCUACAGCAGUCCAGAAUGUUUGAGGUGGCCUGGAAUACUGACCCUGUCACGUCCUCCCCCACCCUCCCCGCGGACACCAAGAUCUGCGAUUCCUUCUUCAGCACCUUCUCACAAUUUGCACAGGUUGAGAAGAUUCCAGUGAUUUAUUUUAUUUCUCAGGGUCAGAGAGCUUUGUUUGGACAAGCUAGUUCAUUUGAUGGUUCUCUACAGAAUAUCGCCACAUUCCAGUCAGAACUGAACAAUUUAACUCGCCUCAGAUUUGAUCAAGAUCUCAGUAACUCUCUGAUUUUUCAAGGUCUUCCAGGAAAAGAAACAGCUCCUGAUUGGAUAUAUGAGUAAGCUAUGCUACAAAUGUAAAGCAAGGAUGAUGACUUCCUCUCAGAUUUGAAAAGUUUCUGUUGGUUUUGGUUAGUGAGACGCCAUCAAGUAGCAGUCUAAUAUCACUAUCAGACCAAUAAACUCAUCCUCUGUAUCGUUUCAUUUUCAAGUCAGUGAGUUAUUUAUAUAUUUUAUGCAUUCUGAAUGAAUUUAUAUUUUACUCUGACAAAAAGUUAAGGUAGACUGGGGUAGCGCUAGCAACUUUUUUGUCUUAGCCAAAUCACCACUUUUUGGUCAAUUGGUUAUCAAAAUGAUU